AUGCAACAAACUAAUUGUAAACAAAACAUUCAAACCGUCAGUCGCAUGUAAACUGUUAGUAGUGCAGACUAUUUUAUUAAUAACGCUAUAAUAUAUAUUUUUAGAUAUAACACGUUGUUGUUGUUUAACAUUAUGUACUUUAACGGUUCCGGAUAGCUGUCAACACCUCAGUUCUCCGUUUGAAAAUGAUAUACCAUAUUCCCUGGAUCUACACACCGGUGCGGACUGUCCUCGCAAUCUGGCACCAGCUGACCAAGUCUGAGAUCCCAGAGCUGGCAAAGUGCUCGGUGCUGAUGAGGGAUCGCGGCAGAGUGGAGGACACAAUCCACACCAUGCAACGCGCAGGUGCAGGCAGCCUGCAGGUAAUCUCAGACUUCGAUAUGACGCUGACCAGAUUUGCCCACAAUGGAAAGAGAGUCCCCACCACGCACAACAUCCUGGAUAACCGGUUGUUGAUCAAUGAAGAUUGCACUAAAAAGAUGAGGGAGCUGUUGAACACCUAUUAUCCCAUAGAGAUCGAUGCUGGCAGGACUGCUGAAGAAAAGCAGCCUCUCAUGGUGGAGUGGUGGACUAAAGUCCAUGAGCUGCUGAUUCAACAGAGGAUCAGGAAGGACAUGCUGUCCCAGGCUGUCAAGGAAUCCAGCGCUAUGCUCAGGGACGGCUACAAAGUGUUUUUUGACUGUCUGACGGAGCAGCAGGUCCCGCUGUUGAUCUUCUCGGCUGGUGUUGGAGACGUCCUGGAGGAGGUGAUUCGACAGAACCAAGUCUUCCAUCCCAAUGUCCACAUCAUCUCCAACUACAUGGACUUUGACCAAACUGGGGUCCUGCAAGCCUUCAAAGGUCAACUGAUCCACACUUUCAACAAGAGGGAAGGUGCUCUGUCACAUGCAGCCGGCCUCCGAGAGCUGCAGGGUCGACCCAACGUGCUGCUGCUGGGAGACUCUUUAGGAGACCUGACCAUGGCUGACGGCGUGUCGGAGCACCAGAACAUCCUCACCAUCGGCUUCCUCAACGACCAGGUGGACGAGAGAAAAGAGUCAUACGUCAAGUCCUUUGACGUUGUGCUGGUGAAGGACGAGACGAUGGACGUUCCCAACGCCAUCCUCAGACACAUUACCUCAUCGAGAGACAACAAGUGAGACACACAAGGAGGAACUUCAUGACACAUGUACACAGAUGCACUCGUUCACUCCAUUCAUCAUGUUGCAGGCUGGACAAUCACAUCGCUUACCUCAAACCUGAACUUUUUAUUUUUACACUGUUUUGACUGUAUAUCAAACCCAUCCUACCAAAGUUCAAAGGUUUAAAUCUAAAUCAGGUCACGCAUUUGCAACUUAUUUAAGUAGAAUCUGUUAUUUAUGACUUCAGACUUUUAUAGGGCUGAGCUUUGAGUAAAACUUUGUUCUUCCUGCUGUUUAAUAUGUUUGAUCAGGAUUAAUAAUGGGUGCUUGAUAGAAACUUUACUACCAGAAUAACAAUGUGCUACUUUAACAGAACUCAGUGGAUCAUUUAUAUUGUCUUUAUUUCAAAACAAACCAGCAACUUCUUAAAGAUGUCAGUCUAAACAAUUACAGGUUGCAUUUCUAAAUCUCUGUCCUCUUCUCACUCCUUUAAGCAUAAAACAUUCCACGCUUUACUUGUAUCUUACAUUGAGCUCGUGUGUGUGUGUGUGUGUGUGUGUGUGUGUGUGUGUGUGUGUGUGUGUGUGUGUGUGUGUGUGUGUGUGUGUGUGUGAGCAAAGACGUAAAACUCUUCAUCUGCCAUGUGUUCUACUUCAUCAUCUAACUUGACAGGGAUGCUAUCAGUCUGUAAACUAUUGUAGCAGUUAUUCUAAACAUUUGUUUCUGUAAAAGUGAAGAAAAACAUACAAUCUGUGGUAAUUAUUUUAACUAAAACAUUGUGGCUGCUAGAAAUGAUGAGCUAACAUUGAGCUAGUUGCACUUUACUAUAGAUGUUAUGUAAUGAUGAAUAUGGACUAACGUGUAAGUGUGCUCAUCUCAGCUUAAAACUAUCCUUUUAAAAUCAACAUUUUUCAAUUGUUUUCCAUGUAGAGGCAAUCCCUCCGCUCUGAAGUUUGAAUUAAGAACCUUUUAAGCUACCAGUAUCCAUUAGUUUCCCACCAAUAUCAACCAACUCCAUUUAACAUGCCAUCAGUGGAAAAAAACAUUGAUUUCCAAUGAUGCUCUUCUUUUGCAUAUUUCUGGUGCAGGAUGAAGAGUGUUUCAAAGUCGCAAUGUUUCCAGACGACCUGCUUUCUUACUGCCCGAUGUGUUUUUCUUUCAUCACACAAAGACAGUAUUCGGCUUAAAAGAGUACUCCACUUACUUAGAUGGGAUAGUCCUAGAAAAACAAAACAAUUUUCUUUUUCUUAAAAACAUUUUAAUUAAUGUGACUUUCAAGGACAAAUAAAGGUGCUUGUUUGGUUUUCUGAAAUACAACUAUCAAAGACAACACAGAACUCCACAAAAAAAGACUUUACACUCGCCCUGUCAAUUAAAAAAAAAACAGUCCAAUGUGGUACAGAAAUUAUUAAACCAUGAUGAUGUAUGG